AUGAAGGAUGACUGUAGUUCCCGAAGCUGUUUGCGCAGCCCAAGUUGCCAGGAAGCGGACCCGGCAGUCUCCGACCUGGAGCUGAGGUCCAUCUACGCCAAGCUGGACAAGAACUCCAACGGUGUGGUGUCCAAGCUGGAGCUCAUUGCUGCGGUGAGCCAAGACAAGAGCAUCGCGCAACUCCUGGGGAUUGACGGAGACUCGCUACUCAGCGAUGAGAAGAGCUUCGACGAGCUGCACAGCAUCUUCGAGGAGAUCUCGGCCGGCAAGAAGGGCAUCGACUAUGAGUCCUUCUGCAAGCAUGUCCGGAAGGCGAAGACAGACAAGACGCCCAGGUCGAACCGUAUGCAGGAGAUCUUCAACCUCAUCGAUGCGGAUGGCAGCGGCUCCAUUUCCAAGCUGGAGCUCGUGGCCGCUAUGCAGAACAACGUGGCCGUGGACGAGUUCCUGAUGCCCGGGGUUGACAGCAGCCGGAUCAUGGACGAUGAGAACCUUUUUGAGAAAAUCGAUGCCCUCUUCGAGGUCCGUGUCGAGCUCGAGGAGCCCACUGGUGAAGCCCUCGGAGGAGCUGAAAACCGUGUGCGGCAUGCCGAGUCCAUGGAGAACGCCCCGCGGUUCAAGAAAUGCAGCGUUCGUGUGCACGCCUUGGACCGGGCCUUCGGCAACUUGCCCGCAGCAAGUGGGGGUUGUGGUUACGAGUUCGCUGGCCCAAAUGCCCCCAAACUCAACACCGCAGCCAAUCUCGAUUCUCAUGAUUGGAAUCGGGUCAGCUACGAACUUGGAAAGCGCCUGCUUGCGAUGAUGUCGCUGGGCUUGGCUGUCUGCUCCUCGCUGAGGCUUCUGUGCUUUGACGUCGACACGUUCGGGCCCCGGCGCUUCGAA